CGUGCCCUUGCCCACCUGCUCCCCGUUCCCCCUUCGUCGCCAUGGCCGCCGCAUUCUCCCCCCACCUCGCCGCCACCGGCCCGCUGCUCCCCGCCUUUCGCCCCCCUGCCCGCCUGCUCCGGCCCGCGGCCUCCGGCGCCCGCAUCGCCCUCCGUCGGUCCAGCAGGUAUCCUUACCCUUUGGCAAGAAAUUCGGGGUGGUUUCAGAAUGCGACAAGGUUGAGGACAGAGAACAACCCGAAGAAGGCUCUGUUUGCAUCAGAGACAGACUCUCCUAACACCGAGAUUUCAAAACAGAGCAGCACCAGCGACGCCAACUCUUCUCCAGAUGGCCCGCCAGUCCUCACCAUUUUGGCCGGUAUAGUUGUGUUCUUCCUGCUCUUGUGGGUAAUCGGAUCGAUCUUCACCUGGAUCGUCGGUCUGGUCUUCGGGGCUGCGAAAUCUUAGGUGUUCAUCAGUGUUAGGAUAGUUCUGCACCUUUUCAGUUGUAUAUACACUUGUCCCCGACUGAUGUUUGAUAGCCCCUGGAUCGUUGCAUCCUCUGCUGUCAUUUCCAGACGAAAUUUCUUGAAUAAUUGUAUUACAUAUUUCCAGCCAAAAGUCAUGGAUCACCGCGUUUGACGCUGUUA